AUGACAUAUGAGCGAUAUGCGGUGCGGAAGAAAAGUGAACGAACGAUCGAGGGUGACCCCGAGAUAGCGGAGGGUGGGCGACCAGGGGACGACUACGGUGGUGAUGCGGGGGGCGGGGGGGCGGUCCUGGCGGCCGCCGAGCAGCCGCUCGGAGACAGAGGAGGCGAGGAGACAGGUAUCGUUGGCGUACUGCACCAGGUAGGUCCCAGGCAGAGGCUGCAAGUCGGAAAUGGGGAGGGCGAACAGGAGAGGCGAGAGAAUGGCGCCCUGGGGGACGCCGGCGAGAAUGGGCCGGGGUGCGGAAAGCAUCCCCUCUACUCGAACCCGGAAAGAGCGACCCCCCAGGAACGAGAAGAGGAGACGGACCAGGUGCGGCGGAAGACCGAUGGCGGAGAGGCGAGAGAUGAGUUGGGAAUGCAGAACGGAGUCGAAUGCACGGGCCAGGUCCAAGAGCACCAUGCCCGUGUGUUGCCUCCUGGCGAACCCCUGCACCAACAGGAGUUCCACACGAGCAAUGGCGUGGGUGGUGGAAUGACGGGGGCGGAAACCGAACUGGUGAUGUGGGAGCAGGUGAAGGGUGUUGACUUGAAGAAAAAGGCGCCGGUGGAUGACUCUCUCGGCGAUCUUGGAGAGGAUGGGGAGAAGAGAGAUAGGACGGUAGGAGGAAGGUGUGGCAAGCGGGAAGGGCAGGGCAUCAGGGAGGAGGGGGAGAGUGACGUGACGGGACAAGGGGGAAGGAGCAUCAUCAUCGUCCGAGGACUCCAACGACAAGGUGGGGUGGGGGGCGGAGGCGAAGGUGGUGGCGAGGUAGGCGGCGACCGCCUCGGACCGCUCCGAAGCCCUCUCCGCCACCCCGACAGGAAGAGUGAGGGGAGGGAUGGAGGCACGGACGGAACGAAGGCGACGGAUGUAAGACCACAGAGAGCCAGAGGUAGCGGUGAGGGAGCCGAGGCGCCGCGCCUCCAGUCGGGCCCUCCACCCCGCGAUCAACCGGCGGCACCACCCCCGUAG